AUGGCCUCUGGCCCCGUUGAUCCCCAAUCUUUUUACGACCAAGACCGUCUCCACCUAAUUGCUGACGACGAUGGCGCAUAUCACAACACCUCACGGACCGGCACGCACGGUUGUACUGUAGAUAUCUCGGCACCACUGCAAUCGCACACGCUAUGGUCGGACCCCUCUUUGCUGAUGCGAUGCGGCCGAGACUAUCCAGGACCCUGA